AUGAAGGAAGAUGAAUCUAAUUGGUUCUCAAAGUGGGAAGAAGAACUGCCGAAGCCAGAAGAGCUUAUACCCUUAUCUCAAACCCUAAUCACACCUGAUCUUGCGAUCGCCUUCGAUAUCGGAAGUUCCCAAAUCCCACUCAACCACCAUCAUCAGUCACUCCAACACCACCAACAACCGCCGGCGAUUUCAACCCCUUCGUCACAGCCAAAUUCGGGGGAAUUCGAUUCAUCUGAGCUUGGUGGUGGUGGUGAUGAGCCGGCUCGCACCUUAAAGCGUCCUCGUCUCGUCUGGACUCCGCAACUCCACAAGCGAUUCGUGGACGCUGUUGCUCAUUUGGGGAUCAAGAACGCCGUCCCCAAAACCAUAAUGCAGCUCAUGAGUGUUGACGGGUUGACUCGAGAAAACGUCGCGAGUCACCUCCAAAAAUACAGGCUUUACUUGAAACGUAUGCAGGGUUUGUCUUCCGGUGGCGGUGGCAAUGGUGCUGGUGGAUUUGGGUCUGGCGGAGACCCCGCUACCGACCAUUUGUUUGCAAGUUCACCAGUGCCACCUCAUUUUCUCCAUCAAUCUCACCCCAAUUCCGACAAUUUCCUGCCAUAUAUGCCGGUGGCCGCACUUCAACAGCAACAUCACCACCAACAGAUGGCGGCCGUCGCAGGGCAUCAUCUCCAUCGGCAUGUGGGCCAUUUUGGGUCGGUCACUAAUGGGCAGUCCAAUCAUCAGUUUUUGAGCAGACAAUCGAAUCAACCUCUUCACAGGGUAGGGACUCCUGUUCAUAAUUCUUACAUGGAUGAUCUGGAAUCUGCAAAAGAGAAAAAGGCUCUGACAUUGUUCCCAAUUGGGGAUGAUUGA